AUGACGAAGUUGAAGAGUAAACCACGCACGUUCGCGCGCUUUUCUGAGCUCAUGUCGUCUGCAUGUGCCAUUCGAAAAGGCAACCGCGCCGCCUAUGGUGUCCACCCGACGACUGUGGAGGGACCACUACGUGUCGGACAGAGCCGUGUGGCGUCUUUAUCCCAAAGAUGUAACCCUGGAAACAUGUCGACAAGUUACCCAAUUGCUCUUGAAAUGGUAUUGCCAGCUGCCAACUGCCAGCUGCGGUCACAGGAGGCGUUGCUCGAUAGAGCAGACCAACGAGAUAUCGCUGCAGACACUGCGCAGUGGCGUGCGAGGAAUUCUUGCUAA